AUGAAUCCCAGCAGGCGGUUGGCUUUCCAAUCUCACAGGGCUGACCAUGAACUUUUGACAAGCUCAGCCCCGGGCCGGGGUGUGCCCUGCCCAGAUAUCGUGGCUGUGCCGAACGCCCCUGACGACAUUCGGCGGCGGGCUGCACUGGCAACAUGCCCGAGAUGUGUUCCCGGAACCGGAUUGCUGCUCCCUUUUGAAUCGAAGAGGAAGUUGUUGAAGAGUGCUUUAGUUUUGCUUUCCUCUCCUUUUUACGAUUUGGAAAGGGUUGUUGUUCUCAUAUUUCGUCUCCCUGCACCUGGUGUUACUCGACGCGGUUCAACAAUUUACCUAGGCGGAACCGAGUUGCUCGCUCGAAAGCUCCCUGCUGGAAUACCCUGCGGCAACGGCAUCCUUGCAGGGCCUGGUUAG